AUCCGAAUUAAGUCAGAUCUAAAAUUCCGAAGUCAAAAUGACUCCGAAAAACAACGAGACAGACCGCAUCACAGAGCGUGUGAUUGCCGAAUGGGACGAUGUCAAGGCUGGCAAGCCGCGAUUCUUAGGCAACACGAAAGACACUUCCUUCCAGAUGACGAUGAGGCUCGAUACGCACUCCAAACCAGAACUUCUCCUCUGGUUUCACAUAGUUGUCAGAGUCAAACACCACUGGCAUUCUCACAAUCCGCGUUCCAAAACACUGUUCUUCGUUAUCCAAGCGGACAUGUUCGACUUCGCCCUCGAGCAAGGCUGUUUCAUGACGCAGCCUGUGACUGACCUGCGCCUUCUGCCGCCUACUAUUUGUGCCUUGAGUGAGGCCAAUCUGGGUCCGCUCGACGCCAUCUAUCGCCUGCGUUUCAAACUCAAAACAUGUGGCAACGUGCUCAUGCCACGAACUGAUACCCCAUUCUUUCCCGCUUCCGACAAAGCCAGGGAUCUACUGCAAGGCCUGCAAUCUCUCUCUCAAGCUAAAGAUUUCUGUAUCUACAUCCCGCUUAAAGACAAGAAUUUUCUAUCUAUGGACAAGAAGGAGGUUCCCUGCGAUCUGGCCGCGAAACAAUUGUGUGAACUGGUUGCUACCAAGCAGAUGGUGACCCACAAGAUUGACUUCGAAUCCGCUUACAAAGAUGGCGCCCAAUGGAACGUGUGGAAGAACUUUGACUUGAAAACCGCUUGUCAAAAGCCAAAGGCUAAGAAAAAGGUCGUAGAAGCCGAGGAAGCUGGACCGUCUACAGCAUUCUCCGUUGCCGUACAGCAAGAGCACCAAACAGCUAGCGAAGAGGUUGUUGAGCCCUUUGCCGCUCUCCCGCCCGGAUACGAUGAAGCAACCUCUACAAAUAACCCUGACCGUACACGUCCUGAUGGACAGUCGGCGGCCGCUCCUGGUGCUCAGAACGCAAGACGGGCAUGGAUGCAGCUUGGUCUUGACCUGGACGGCGAGGAAACGGAGGCGGAAGAGGCAACGGAAGUGCCGGCCCCAACCGUGGAAACGCGCCAACACGAAGAUGCCGUACCCGCUGUUGCUGCCACUACUGUGCCCGUUGUUCACGCUGCUCAUGCUACGGUCUCUGCUGCGGCCCCUGCUACUUCUCCCGCUGCUCGCUCCGCAGAAACAUCGCCAGGCGCCACUGCCGGAGAAGAUCGGCAGAACAAGCGCAAGCCGCGCAACUCACCAUCCGAAGAAGAUGUCGAGCCCAGCGAUGUUGGAGAGGAAACCCGCGCGCCUCGUCGUCGCGCCCGCAAACAAGUGCGUUUCCACGACACGGCUGAACAAUUGCCUCACUGGAUGCGUGCACACCAGCGCUCGCAACCAACAGCGUCUCAUGUCGCUAGGUCGGCGCUCCGUCCCCUCACGCCAGGCUCCACGCCCGCGAUGCUCCGCAAAGAACUCGCCAAGUUCAUCGUCUGGCUCAUGGACGUGAAUGUGGAACUCGAAGAGGUUUACGAGGAUGUGCUGUGGACGCUUGGGAAGGCGGCGGGGGCGGGAGAUGAGAAGGAAUUUCAGCGCAUCAGAGCCAGGUGCAAGGCUGAUGUUUUUUGCCGGUACAAGCGUAAGGAGGCGUAGCGCGGUGGAUGUGGAUAGGGAGUGAUGUUGAAUCCUUUGGUCCAGAUAUACCAAGAUACCAGAAACUUCAUUCUGCGAAGGUCAAUCCAAACUAU